GGUCAACGGAUGAACCCUGACCUUGCAGAUUCUAGCAGAUUCUAGCAGAUUCUAUGCGUUUGCUGCUCUGUGACAGUGACAGCAUUUGUAGCACCUGAUCAGAGGACAGAGGAAGGAGUUUUAAGAAUCUUGGAACUUCUGGGUGAAGUCUAAGUUGGAAGACAGACUACAGCCAUCACCAUGGAAGGAACCCGGGCGUACUACACACUCCCAUUCUUCCGCUUCACCAACUUUGUCAGAUUUGUGGUGUUCAUAGACGGAGUUGUCUGUGUGGCACUGUGGCUAGCAGGUGGUCACACCAGUUACCUGGAGGACAAUGUUGUACAUUUUGACUUCUACCGCUCUGUGUUUGAGCUGGCGUGCCUGUCCCUGCUACGGAUGUGCCUCCUCUUCCACUUCUUCACCCGGAUCGAGGAAAUCUCCAUGAAGCUUCUGGAAGAACCGUACGACCGUGGUCUGCUCAAAAAGAGGAAGGCGUUCUACAUUUGUGCCAUACUUCUCUCACUGCUGUCUACAGCUUACGCUGCCACCAAGGGAGGGUUUGUCCUCUACAAGGAAAGUUAUAAAGAGAUGCACAGCGCCUACGUUGCUGUCUGCAUAGCGUCCUUCGUGUUCAGCAUUCUUGAGCUGCUGCUGGGACUGGUGUUCCUUUGCAUGGUCCGGAAGCUGCAGGUGAUGCGGAUCGUCCACCGCUACAACAGCGACGGCCAGGAGAUCGAUGAUGAGGGAAACACCAUCAAGAAGAAAGUGGACCUCUGGAGACUGUUCACCAUGGCUCGGGAUGAAUGGUGGAUCCUAGGCCUGGGUUGUUUGGCUAUGUUAGCCGCCAGUGCAUCCAACAUGAUGGCUCCACUGUUCUUCAGUUUUGUGGUCGACGCAGCUCUAACCAGCAUAGAGAAAGUGAACCACACAGUUCUGGUCCUGCUGCUGAUCUACAUCGGAGGUGCGAUCGCCGCCUUCUUCCGCUCCUGGCUCUUCACGCUGGCCGGGAUGCGCUUCGUGGCCAGGCUGCGGGAGGAACUGUUCGCUGCCAUCAUCAAGAACGAGAUCGCUUUCUUUGACACAACGAGGACUGGAGAGUUGACUAACCGCUUGGCUUCAGACACUGGUGUGGUGCAGAACUCAGUAACUGUGAACAUCUCCAUGCUGUUCCGGUACCUGAUCCAGAUCAUUGGUUCCCUGUCCAUCAUGUUUGUGCUCAGUGCUAAGCUGACAGGCGUGCUGCUGUCUUGUGUCCCCAUUGUGUCGAUUGGAGCAGUGGUCUACGGUAAGUACGUACAGGGGAUCAGGAAAGCCUUCCAGGACGAGCUUGCCGCGGCCAGUACCGUAGCGGAGGAGUCCAUCUCCAGUAUCCGGACUGUGCGCAUGUUCUCUGGCGAGGAGAAGAGCAAGAGAGACUACAACAAGAGUGUGGACAAGAGCUACGGCUGGGGCAAGAAACUGGCCCUGGCUGGGGGAGGCUUCAACGGAAUUGUGGGAGUGGUGGCAUUUGGUGCCAUUGUCCUAGUCCUGUGGUAUGGAGCUAAACUGGUCAUUAUGGAGAAGGAACAUCCAGGCACGGGGCUCACAAUCGGCUCACUUACUGGUUUCAUGAUGUACACCCUGAAUGUUGCCAUGGCAUUUGCGUUUAUCUCCAGUCUUUUUGGGGACUUCAUGCAGGCGCUCGGAGCCUCUGAACGUAUUUUUGAACUGCUGGACAGGAAGGCAGAAGUGAAUGUAUCUGGUGGGAAAGUCUUGGAUGGACUGAAUGGAGGCAUUGUGUUCAAAAAUGUGUCGUUCACCUAUCCAUCUCGACCUGACUCUGAAGUGCUAAAGGAGGUGUCGUUCUCAGUGGAGCCAGGGAAAGUGGUGGCUCUGGUGGGGCCGUCGGGCGGAGGCAAGUCCACCAUCGUUAGUCUCAUCGAGCGAUUCUACGACCCCAACUCAGGGACAAUCAUGCUGGGUGGGCAGGACCUGUCGACGCUGGACCCGCGCUGGUUCCGUCAGCAGAUCUCGAUGGUGAGCCAGGAGCCGACGCUGUUCGCCACCACGAUCAAGGAGAACAUCGCGUACGGGCGGGAGGCCAGCGAUGAGGAGGUGGAGGACGCCGCCAGGCAGGCCAACGCUCACCAGUUCAUCUCUGAGUUUGAGGAGGGUUAUGAAACCAUGGUGGGGGAGAGAGGUGUGCGUUUGUCAGGGGGUCAGAAGCAGAGGGUCGCCAUCGCAAGGUCACUCAUCAUGAACCCUGCCAUACUGCUACUGGACGAGGCCACCAGUGCCCUGGAUGCAGAGAGUGAACACCUGGUACAGGAAGCCAUUGACCGUGCCAUGAAGGGACGUACCGUACUGGUCAUCGCUCACAGGCUCUCCACUGUCAGGAACGCUUCUGAGGUUGUUGUUAUUGACAAGGGUAAGAUCGUGGAGAGGGGGACCCAUGACGAGCUGCUGCAGAAGGGCGGCGUGUACAAGAAGCUGGUCCUGCGGCAGCUCAGCGCUGGCCGUGCCAUGCCCUCCAUCAACACAGACGCAGCAGAUAUUGAGGAGGAGGAGUCACAGGAGGGAUCAGAGGGAAGUAACGAGAGCAACGGCACUGAGAGAUAAUGUGGGGGUUAACAGAUGAAGGUUAGACAUACAUAUAUAGACAAUUUAAACUCUACUACUGGAUACUACAAGUUCCUAUAACUUGAUACCACAAGUUCCUAUAAAAAAAAAGGAGUUUUUUACUUAAGGAACUAUGAUCUUAACUUGAUUUACAUACUACUACAAUGUAUACUGGAUAGUAGCAGUUCCUGUGGGGUUGUCUUACUUUAGGAACUAGACACUUUUUCAGUUGCUCGUAUUGCAAGUAUUGACUAGUUCUGUUGGUUCAGUUUGGUGACGCUGAAGAAGAGUCUGUAAUCUUUCCAGUAGGAGAGUUUAGAUUGUCUAUAAGUAAUGUGGGUCACCCUGUUCACUGCAUAGAUCCCCGUUCCACUGGAUGUGGAGACCAUUGAAUAGUAUCUACCAGUCAUGGGUCAUAUACAUCUAUUAAUCUCUGUACUCUCUGGAUGGCUGCAAUAUCUUGAAAAAUUUUCCAGAGGAAUUAUAGCCAGCCAGAGGGUGACUAUUAUGAGUUGUCAUGUUCUUCUUCAGUAGCCAAUAGUAACCCUCGGAUUACAGAAACCAAAAUAUACCUGUCACAAGCACGUAACAAAAUUUAGCAAGUUGUAACAAAAUUUAAUGAAAAAGUCUGCUUUGCCAUAGUUGUUAUCAGUGUCAUUGUUGAAUUUUGUAGUGGGUACCAAGGUAUUUUGAAUUGCACCUACAGACAGUACUUUUAGACUAAGACAUUUAACUUUUUUGUUUUCACUCUAGAAACACAAUUUCACAGUUGUUAAUAUAGUAUCUACAUAAUGUCAAAAAAGGAUCAUAUCAGUAUGUUGAAGGCAACAUAUUGUUUGUUGUGGAAAACGAGUUCAUUUAUUUUUAUGGUACAUCAGAUUCACAUCUUACACUUGGAUCUGAAAACUUCUGUACAGUUGAAAGAUAAAUUACCACAAUAAGUGUUGUCAAUUCCAAAGUUAAAAAGAUCAGUAGGAUACAGAACCAGUAGGAUACAGACAAAAGGCCUUACAGUAGCAUCCUUGUUGGUAUAUGUUUGCUUUUAUAUUUUCCUUUGUUGAAUUGUAUAUGUUAACUCGGAAUGGUUUGAAAAUGUACAUUAUGAUUCAUUGAAAUUGCACAUCCUAUAAUUUAUGUGGAUGAAAUGAGCUCCUUAUCAAAUAAAGCUCUAGGCAAAAUUAGGAUAAAGAGACAAUUGUAUGUACUUUCAAUGUGAAAUUAUAGUAUAUGAUGGAUAUCAUUGCAUAUUAACAAGGUAAUGCAGGGUGCCAUUGCUGCUAUAGACUCAUAGAAAAUUGAGCUGGAAAUCUGAAAUAACUUGAAAGACUUUUAAAAAAUGAUAAUUUAUAAACAUCCAAAGAAAUUUGCCAACAUAACUGUACAUUUUUUUACCAUUCUCUGUAAAGAUGGUCAGCCUUGUAAUAAUGUUGUUACUGUUUUGCCAUAACUUCAACUUUUACUUUAACUUUAGACAUAACAUAUUGU